AUGGGACGAAUUGUCCAUUUCUUGUUCACCCUGGCGGCACUCCUUUUGCACACACACAAUGUAACAGUCUGUUCUGCGUAUCAUUUGGGCGUAGGAGAUAACCACGGGGUGAACUACGCCAGAACGACCAGCAGGGGAAAUUCACUCGUAGAAGCAAAAAAAGAGGAGCAGGACUACUUCAUCUUAAAGCUAAAUGAAAACAAUUUCAGGUGGAGUGUGCCCCUCUUGAUGGGGUCGAAGAAGAAGCCCCUUGAGUUGGGCGUCGUGACGUCCACCCCCAUAACCGCCCUUUACUGUUCCUAUAAUGCGAAUCGAGGCGACGAAAUGAAGGAAUUAAAAUAUGAAGUGAACGCAUCGGAAAAUGUGAAAUAUAUCAGUUGCAAAAGUAAGCACUGCACUGCUAUAGGACAAGGCAAUACUUGCGCUCCGAUAGAACAUUUUUUCAAGAAGAUCCAUGACUUUGGGUUGAGAAAAAAAGAUUGUACCAGUCGAUUUUGUAGAUACAUAAAUGACAUAAACUUUUUAAAUGUGAAUACCAUGUUGGACAAGAGGAAUAUGUCCGUGUGUUCGUUUAGAUCAAAUCUCGGUUCAGAAAACAUAGAGGGAUUCUAUUUUAGAGAUUCCUUCUACCUGUACGACACGGUUAGAUUCGACUACAACCACUUCGGGUGUAUAACAGAGAGUGGCAACCUGACAUUCAAUAAUGUUAUUUCUGGUUUUAUCGGAUUAGCAUAUAACCGUCCACAUGCUACUGCUCACUUGAAGGAGGCCUCUUCCAUGUUGCAUACCUUGGUACAGAAGUCUCUGUCUAAAAAGAACGUCUUUGGAUUAUGCUUUGUUGAAGAAGGGGGUUUUGCAUCCUUCGGUGGAGUGAACAAUGAAGCAUUAAGGAAGGUCCCCGCUGUAUCGAAAUUACAGCUAGGAGCAGAUGACUCCCUAGAACUUGUGGAAGACCCGCAACCCCCUUCUCACGAAAUUGUGUGGCUCGCAUAUUCAGACACUCCCAAGGAUACGUACAGUCUUCUCUUGAAAGAAGUCAACAUGGUGUCGGGCUCGGAGCGAGUGGACAGUGCGAUCGCCAGGGUGGCUGUCGUCGAUUCAUACAGCUACUUCCUGUCCUUCCCAGCCGAAAUCGCCGCCAAGCUGAAGGCCGCCGUGCACAAGUCCUGCGCUGGCGGGGAUAACACCUGCUCCGAGAUCACUAAUAAGGGUGUAUUCAAACUGAAAAAACAAAGCCUGGAAGACUUCCCCACGGUGGAGCUCGUCUUCAAUGACGGGAAGGUGCUGAUCGAGCCCAAGGACUACCUAAUCCACGAAGGAGACGGAGUGUAUAGAGUUUUGAUAAAUUCAGAGGGGACCCUCAAGUUGGGGAUCCCCUUUUUCCUAAACAAGUAUCUCAUCUUCGACAAUGAGAAUGGGAAGCUGGGAGUAGGUCGGUCUGAUUGCACCUUCAAUAUGAAUGGAACUUCUACCGGAGUCGACCUGAACGCAGCGGAGGCGGACUCGAAUGAGGACCCCGAGGAUGAGGACUCCACGACGGAAGGCUUCUUUCAGGAAAACAAGUUGAUCAUCCUGGCGGUCACUUCUUUAAGCGUUGUGGGGGCCAUUGUCGGGGGAGUUUUUUUCUUCCGU